CACUGUGUCCAGCAUGGCCUCCCCGGCAGCAGCUGCCCGGUCCCUCUCUGCCCUCUGCGCUCGGACAGUGUCGGAGGCCCGGACCGGUCCGGAGCUCCGACCCGGAGCGUCCGCACCCAGAAGAAACCUGAGCGUCCAGACGACGACUGAGACGGGAAGGCUCAAAGGCAUCGAUGACCUGCCCGGGCCCAGUAUGUCCACCACUCUGUACUGGUUGUUUGUCAAAGGUUACGCGGAGAAGAGCCACCUCCUGCAGGGUUUACAGAGGAGUCUGUACGGACCCAUUUGGCGCUCCAGGUUCGGCCCGUUCGACCUCGUCAACGUGGCGACUCCGGAGCUCAUAGCUCAGGUGAUCCAACAGGAGGGUCGCUACCCGGUCCGGGCCGAGCUGCCGCACUGGAAGGAGUACAGGGACCUGAGGGGACAGGCCUACGGUCUGCAUGUGGACACAGGACCAGAGUGGUACCGGAUCCGCAGCGCCCUCAACCCCAAGAUGCUGAAGCUGCAGGAGGUGUCGGCCUUCGCUUCCACCAUCCACAGCGUGGUCAGAGAUCUGCUGCGACGCGUCGAGCUCCUCCGCAGCCAGAGUCAGGACCAGGCCACGGUUUCUGAUCUGGCGUCUGAGCUCUACAAGUUUGGCUUUGAGGGCAUCUCCUCCAUCCUGUUUGAGACCAGGCUGGGCUGCCUGCAGGAGGAGAUUCCCCCGGACACGCUGCGCUUCAUCGCUGCCGUCAACAACAUGCUGACGCUGUCUGACAUGGUGUUGCUUUUCCCCCGCUGGAGCCGCAGCGUCCUCCCCUUCUGGAAACGCUUCGUUCAGGCGUGGGACGACCUCUACGACGUAGCUCAGACCCUCAUCGACAGGAGGAUGGCUGAAAUCGGAGCGCAGGUGUGCAGCGGCGAGCCGGCAGAGGGCAUGUACCUGACUUACCUGCUGUCGUCUGACAAGAUGACCAGAGCCGAGGUCUACAUCAGCGUCACGGAGCUGCUGCUCGGAGGAGUCGACACGACGUCCAACACCUUGUCGUGGACGUUGUACCACUUGGCGCGGGACCGGCGGGCUCAGGAUCGACUGUACGGGGAGGUGAACGCCGUGUGUCCCGACAGACGGGAGCCGACCACGGACGACCUGAGCAGGAUGCCCUACCUGAAGGCCGUCAUAAAGGAGACGUUACGCCUUUAUCCCGUCGUCCCCGGAAACGGACGCUUCGUUUCAGAGAACGAGGUGAUACUGGACAACUAUUGGUUCCCAAAGAAGACUCAGUUCCAUCUGUGUCAUUACGCCGUCUGUCACGAUGAGGCAGAGUUUGUCGACGCAGAGAGCUUCAUCCCGGAGCGUUGGCUCCGCGAGACGGCCAGACCGACGCCCGGCUUCUACCAGCACCACCCGUACAGCUUCAUCCCGUUCGGCGUCGGCGUGCGAGCCUGCGUGGGGAAGAGGGUGGCGGAGAUGGAGAUGUACUUCGCUCUGUGCAGGCUGAUGCAGCACUACGACGUCCAGCCGGAGGACGGCGCCCCGGCUGUGGAGCCGAAAACCCGAAUCCUGAUGAUCCCUUCGAAGCCCAUCAACCUGCGCUUCCUGCCCAGAGCCUGAUGAGGGCAGCGCAGGUGCUGACACUAAGACUCCUCCCCCAGGCAGCAGCCAAUCACAGCCUGACCUCAGACUAAACCGUUCUGCUCUUUUGUAAUUGUGGAGGUGUUGAAGCGAAAGACUCGAGCUGAAGUGUUUUAUCUGCAGAUGUCAGCACGAUCAAAUCACCCAUUUAAACACUGAGCAUCAGGUGUAAAGAGGGAUGAAGAUGUCUGGUGUUUGUUUGUCCACCUGCAGCAGUGGUGUUUAACACACCUGUUGUUAUUAUUGCACCAAUAACACCACAGUGUAACUAUCAGACAAGAACACAAAUUGCUGAAAAUUUGACAAUGACAAAAAUUAUUUCCCUCCUAAACUUGCUCAAGUGAUAAAUGAAUAGACUUUUAGAUCAGUAGUAGAGAAUCUAAAAUAUUAAAUUUCUUAUGCAAACUGUUGAAUAAAAGCAGCUCUGAAGUUUUACAGUU